GUAAUUCUAAUGCACCAAUAAAACAGACAAUCAGUGUCUUAAUUAUUCUUUAUUAAACAAUCAUCCUAGUUUUGAAGAAUAAAAAUGUAAAUAAAGAAUUCUUACAUGUCUGUCACAUUUCUCUUAUCCAAUGACGUCCCCACUCGUUCUAUUUCCGUACACUUAUUCAUCCUCUUGUCAAUAUUUAAAAACAAAGUUUGAUAACAUUGGGAAGUUCUUUUCUUUUGUGCAGUUCCACUUGUUUCAGCCCCCUUCUAUGCCAUGCAGCACCUGAGAUAAUAAGCAAUACACUUCUUAUCUCCUUGUUUGAAUGGUGAUAAUUUCAAAAAAUACACCCACGCCGACAGUGUUUUCUGUAAAAAUUGUCCGUUUCAUUCAAGAUGGAUUACAAUUAUGAAGCACAGAUGCAUUUCGAUGAUGAAUCAGUCAGGAGAGGAUUUAUAAGAAAAGUGUACAGCAUAUUAUUUACACAACUCCUGGUGUCGGUCGGUGUUGUGUCACUAUUCACCUUCAGCGUCAAAGUCCAAGAUUUCGUUAGUCAUAAUAUAUGGAUACUUAUUGUAGCAAUUGUUGUGAACAUCGUGCUGGUGAUAAUGCUCGUCUGCUGCGAAGGCGUGCGUCGAAAAGCGCCGAUGAACUUCAUCGUCCUCGGACUAUUCACACUCACGGAAGGCUUCCUUUUGGGUGUUAUCGCCGCAUCUUAUAAUUCAUCAGAAGUGAUGAUUGCUCUUGGUAUGUGCGCUGUUGUUGUUUUCUCUCUGACAAUUUUCUCCUUUCAAACCAAAAUGGACUUCACGAAAUGGGGUGGCGCUCUGUUUGCAUGUUUCAUAAUUUUUUUCAUAUUCAGCCUUCUCGCCUUUAUCUUUAUGAAGGGUCGCUUGAUGCAGCUCAUUAUUGCUGCUGUUGGUGCGUGCAUCUUCUCGCUCUUCAUCAUCUAUGACACGCAACUCAUGCUGGGCGGGAAACAUAAAUACUCCAUUUCACCUGAAGAAUAUAUUUUCGCAUCGCUCAACCUCUACUUAGACAUAAUAAAUCUUUUCAUUUACAUCCUUCAGUUUAUUGGUGCGUCACGGAGCUGAUAAAGUAAUUUAAUCUAUAAGCGUGCUCUCUUAGUUUUUUAUUUUUAAAAAUUGUAAAAUAUACAUAAUAAUUGUAAAUAAAGCAAUAUAUUAAUGCGAAUAAAAAUUUAAUA